AUUUCAAGUUCAGACGGGAGCUUUGCAAGAUUGAUUCACCAGUGAGAAACAUGGUGCUUUGCAAGGUUAGCAUAAGGCAUGAUCCAUUAUUAUUGUAUUAAAUACUCAUAAAUCAACAGGGAGGACAUAACAGCCCUCCUUUAUUUUUAAAUUCCAUACACAAAUGUAAUGUACAUUGUUGACAUAGCGUUUUUCAGGUGACAUUUUCUUUAUGUAUCAUAAGCAAUACUGUUAACUAGAGUUUCCAAUUGACAACGUGUAAAGUUUUCUUUUUUGCCUUUUUUACAUUUUGUCCUUUGCUGCACCUUAUCCAUGAUCACUAAAGGAGCGAUCAAUCUCGCUUCCCUCUCCCAUUACUGUCAGGUUGAGUCUGUCACCUGUGCGUCUGUGCAGGUGAUCAGACGGAAAGGAAGAGACACGAGCGCUGUUACGUCCCCCCUUAUGAUUUGUGAGUAUUUAAGACGAUAACAGUGAAUCGUGCCUUAUGCCUCAUAUCCAUGAAUAUGUGAAACUAGACCUCAUUAUUGGAUAAAACAACAAAGAGAUUCUCACUCAUUAGCACAAACACAGUAUCUAGUAAGAUCCGCUGUUAGUAAUAGCAAGUUUCGACUUUCUCAUCAUUUCUACUUUAAUCUCGAAAUUGUGUUUUAACUUUAUUCUCGUCAUUUCGACUUUAAUCUCAAUUUGCCCCAAAUUAUUUUCUCCUUCUAAAAUGGUCCUAAUCCUCUUCCGUAUGACAGAGACUUUGACAAAGCUAUAAUUAACUUUACAGCAGUAUGGUACUUAAUUUUGUGUAGGGAUCAGCUGUGAGAGAUGUGAUUAAUAAAAUAUUUAAAUAUAACUUUUUUAUGAUCUGAUUUUUCAAAAACAUUUUUAAUCAUGCGUGCAUAAUUCAUGUGAAUAAAACCAUCUAAAUAAAACCAGCUUGUAAAAACAUGUAGAAACUUCUGUGUCACCCACGGCCUCCUGCACGCUCAAUCAUAACUCUAAAAACACUGCGUGCGCGUACAUGUGUACUGCGCGCCACCGUUCCUGCGGAAUUGAGGAGGCUGUGGUUGGACUCCGAAAGGCUCCCACCUAGAAAAUAAUGAAUAACAAAUUUGACGCUCUGAAAGAUGAUGACAGUGGAGACCACGACCAGGACCAAGGCUCACCGAAAGACAGUGAGAAGGAGAAAGCCGAAGACGAUGAAAAGGAACAGAACACCUCCAAGAAAAAGAUGGUGGUUCCAGGAGCAGGAGAGCACCCUCUUCAGUACAACUACACUUUCUGGUACUCCAGGCGCACCCCAGGGAGACCAGCCAGCACUCAGAGCUAUGAGCAGAACAUCAAACAGAUCGGCAGCUUUGCUUCAGUGGAACAAUUCUGGCGUUUCUAUAGUCACAUGAUCCGACCAGGCGAUCUUACUGGCCAUAGUGACUUCCACCUCUUCAAGGAGGGUAUUAAACCCAUGUGGGAGGAUGAUGCCAAUAAGAUGGGAGGUAAAUGGAUCAUCCGUCUACGGAAAGGCUUGGCAUCACGGUGCUGGGAGAACCUGAUCCUGGCCAUGCUUGGGGAGCAGUUCAUGGUUGGGGAGGAGAUCUGUGGGGCUGUGGUGUCAGUACGCUUCCAGGAGGACAUCAUCUCCAUCUGGAACAAGACAGCCAGUGAUCAGGCCACCACUGCCCGCAUCAGAGAUACGCUGCGCCGAGUCCUCAACCUGCCACCCAACACCAUCAUGGAGUACAAGACACACACAGACAGCAUUAAGUAUAGCCUGGGAAGACUUCCAUGGUCUGGUGAAUGCUAGCGGCGGACGUUAGCCCCUCACACAGUAAACCUCUGCAAGGGUGUGCGAAUACGAGAUGUGCUGGGGGCUGACAUGUCCAGGAAGGAUACCUCCGUAUGGACUGGCACUGUGUGACAUGAAGACACGACUAGAAGACCUUUCAUUCUCUGUGUCAAAUUGGAAAUGAACGGAGAAGUCUGUCAACAGAACACUGAACCAAGCCGAAGAGAGAAAUGCGCGUUAUUUUUAAUCAUCCAGAGACAAACGAAGCCUCAAUUUUUUUUUACUUUAUUCUUUUUUAAUGCAGGUUGUACCAUAUUGUUAACUUGGGGGAGGCCAUGUUUGACUGGUGACUGCUGAUCUGAACAUAGCUGAAACAAAGUGUACUUGAAAAAACACAGCAAUCUGUUAUAAUCCUAGACUUCAUUGCUUAACAUACCAUUACUCAAUUCCUGCUGUUUAAAUGCAUUUGUGCUAAUCUGUUUCAAUGGGACUCAAACAGGGUUACAGGUGGAUGUUAUUUUAUUACAGUGCUGUAUUUUAACUACAGUUCCUAUGGACAUUUCGAACUAGAAAGAUUACUAUUAUUGUGUACAAUAUAUUUGUAAAUACAGUCCACUUCAAAGAUCA